AUGCAUGCUGCAUCGCAUGUUCUCAUCGUGACGGGCGCUUCCCGGGGCAUCGGGUACAGCGUGGCGAACCAUUUGCUCUCCCGUCGUGCGGGACAUCGACUGGUGCUCGUGGCUCGAACCGAGGCGCCGCUGCUCGAUCUACAGGCACGAUAUCCGGAGCGGGUGGCAUUUCUGGUGGGAGACAUGACGGACCGCAAUAUGGGAACGCAAGCAGUGGAGAUGGCCCUCGACAAAUUCCAUAGCGUCGAUUCCCUCAUCUUGAAUCAUGCCACUCUCGGCCCUGUAAAGCCCGUCAGUGACGGUUCCGUGAGCGAAUGGAAGACCGCAUUCGACACCAACUUCUUCAGUGGUCUCCAGAUCAUCCAAGCGGCAUUGCCGGCGUUGCGGAAGCGCCGUGGACGGAUUGUGUGGGUUUCGUCAUCGACCUCGACCAAGCCAUACGGGUCAUUGGGGGCGUACGGGGCGACGAAGGCGGCUGUGAACAAUCUGGUCAUGAUGCUCGGCGAGGAGGAAGAGGAGGUGGUGACGGUGGCGGUCCGGCCGGGAGAGGUGGACACGGAGCUGCAAAGACAAAUGCGUGAGGUGCACGCCCACGGCGGAGCCAUGAGAGUGCAAGAUGCGAUGCGCUUCAUCGAUCUGGCAGAAACCGGCCGAUUACUGGCGCCAGACGUGCCAGGGCGGGUGAUUGCAGAAAUGGGGCUCAGUGCAUCGCGUGAGCUCAGUGGCAAGUUCGUUGACUGGGACGCCGGGUUUCGAGCGGCGUGGGAUUGCAAGACCGAAGAAUGA